UUUCUACUUUGUCAGUAGCUCUUUGAUCGUCGACCUGUACGGUUGGGUUGUGCGAGACGCUCCUCCAAACUGGAGGCACGACACGGAAACACAAAUUGAACCGGCAACAAGUUAAAUAAUAUACACGCAUAGGGAAGAAGUGUUCUGUGAAAGAGAAUAAUAGUCAAGGUCAACAUUUCCUUACCCCCCGUCACACAGUCUUUUCACCCAUCGAAUUCGUAGAAGUUGGAUAUACGGUGGGGAUUUCUCGGUAUUCAAAAGUUGUUGAUGACAGUUACACAGUUUGAAAAUAGUUCUCUCUCGCAUUUUGGAUUUCAUGGAGGCAACAACCAUUGGAUAUCAAGAAAAAAAUCUUCGAGUGUUAACACAUAUAUACAUAUAUAUAUAUAUACAUAUAUACAUAUACAUACACUUAUUUCUUUCUUUUUUGAUUGAAAUGAAAUAAGCUUUUUUAAUUGGCUGAUGGUGGAACGAAUUACCAAAAUUACUGGCGCAAAGUAAAUUUUUUUGAAGGAUUCAAAAAGAUGACGUCCACUAAAAGAUAUUACUACGAAGAGGAAGACGAUGAUGAAGGAUUACCUGCCAGUCCAGCCAGCAUAACGCAAACGGAUUUUUUCGAUUAUCUCCAAUUGGGAUUUAUCAAGAAAGCAAUUAGAACAAGACCCUGUUCCGUGAUGAUAAUAGGAAGCAAGUGUUCCAUCUGUAAGCGUGAAUUUAAAUGUGUCACCGAUACCCGUAAGCACAUGAGAAAGAAGCAUAAAUACGUGAAGCGAAAAGCCGACAAAAAAUUGGUACGAAUAAAAUUGAAAAUGGGUAAGGAAACAUUUUGCGAUAAUACAAUCAGCAAAAAGUUUCUAAGAACUCCAGAACGUGGUUGCAAUCCGAUUGCUGUUCAAUCGGAGUCAACAAAUGACUCUCAACCACUUCAAGUUAGUGAUGUUCGUUGUCCAAAUCCAAAGGAAAAUAAUGUUUGUCAGGAUUUAUUGGCCAAACUUUCCGUUCCAUUGUCCGUGGCAUUGUUCGAAAUCAAGUCCCUGGAUCAGAGUGCAGUUUAUAAAAAUGGUCGUAUCUACAAGGAACGAAAUGAUUCAAAUCUGAAUAGGGUUCCUUCCAAUUCAAUCAGAAUUGAAGACAACGAUUGUGAUUCGGACGAUACUUGGGACUUGAAUUCAGGUUCGGCGAGUGACUCCGAAAAUACGGUGAUUUAUGUGAGUGAUGUGGAAGUGGAUCUCAGUGAGUUUUACGAGGACAUUAAGAAGGAAAAAGUCGAAAGUGAUAUCGAAGACGCUGAGACGGUGGUAAUGGCUGGUGAACUUGACACUAACCUGGAGGAUUUGGGAGAUUUGUCGCCGGAGAAUCUAGAAGCAAUGGGUAAAUCUUGUGAGGACAUGGAUUAUAACUUCGGAAUUUUUGACAAUUUCGUCAAUUUGGAGCAGUAUUGUCAGCAAUUGGAGGGAGCCGAAGUGGUCAAUUCAGGCGAAACGGAAACCGAACAAAGUGCUGUGGAAAGUGAAGAAAAUUUGAGUAGGAAGAGACCACACGAAGUGGAAACUAUUCAGUCGGAGGCGAGUGAGGCGAAGAGCAGCCGAAAAAGUACGGAAUCGAAGGAAACUGAACAAAAAGAACGAAAGACUAGAAAACACAGGGCUAAGGACACGGAAAACACUCUUAAAUUGAUGACUGAAAUUUCCGAUAUACUGAAGGAAAUUUCCAAGGUGGAAAGUACUCGUAAGAAUCCGAAGAAAGUUGAAAAUACGCUGAGAAACUCGAAAGACGCCGAAGCCACCCGAAGAGAGUCGAAAAACGCCGAAACCACCCGAAGAGAGUCGAAAAACGCCGAAACCACCCGAAGAGACCCGAAAGACGCCAAAGCCAGCCGAAGAGGCUCGAAAGACGUCGAAGCCAGCCGAAGAGGCUCGAAAGACGUCGAAGCCACCCGAAGAUACUCGAAAGACGUCGAAGCCACCCGAAGAUACUCGAAAGACGUCGAAACCGCCCGAAGAGACUCGAGAGACGCCGAAACCACCCGAAGAGACCCGAAAGAUGCCGAAAGCACCCAAAUAGACCCCAAUGGCCAGAAAUUCAUUGGAAUAAGACUAAAGAGACUCGACCCCACCGAAAUUCAAGAAAAUCGAUGGAAAUCACAAAGAAUCGAAGGCCAGGAAAUAAUCGAAACAAUAUCCAACGAUCUCGAAAUUAUCGAACCCCUUCUUGAGGCAUCAAAAACUAAAACUUCUCUUCAGAAAAACAACAUUCCACUUAAACUCGAACCCGACAAUUUAGACAUAUCGGAUGAGGACCUACAAGGAAUUCGCAUCGGUUGUCCAAGUUUUGAAGACGUUGAAAAGGUGAGACAACGUUUAGAAGCCAGUGACAAUAAUUUUGUCGACCUAACCGAAACGGAUGCUUUAGAAACGUCAGAGGUGUCGUUUUCAUUGGUCGUUCAGAAUGUGGACGAAAAAAUGAAGCAUCUUGAAGAUCCGGAAGAUGAUAUCAUCAUUAUUGAUGAUGACAUUGAUGAUAAGGAACACUCACAACCGCAAUUGGAAGAUUUCUUAAAAGCUGCUGUUUUAAAAUAUGUACUGGAAUGUAGAAAAAAUUCCACCUCUCUUUUUGACACUAUUAACAAUAACAAUCAAAAUGUUCUAAGAAAUUUGAAGCAUUACUCGAAAAUUAAUUAUCAUUUAAAGAAAGCACUUUUGGAACUUGGAAUAACAAUUGCAGCACCUUCUCCAUUGAUAAAAGAUGAGAUAAAAUAAAAGUAAAAACUUCAUAAUUUCAAAUAUAAAAUACCUUCGCAAUUAUCAAAAUUAUCGUAACGUAAAAAAAGUAUUUUUUUCUUCAAUUUCAGCGUUCUUCAUCAUUGAGACACUAUUAUAUCUAUAGAAGAGAGAAACCAAAGCAUUAUUUUUAUUUAAUUAUUAAGUUUUUUAUAAUUUUUUAAAAUGAAAUAAUUUUCUUUUUUUAUAAAAUUUUUAUUGGAAAUAGUGUUGCAUGUUAGAUCGUCAAAAUAUUUAAAAGAAUUUUAAUUUUAUAGUUUCUAUGAAAGAAGACGAAAAAACAUGCAUCACUAGAAAGGAAAUUUUGUUUAUUUUUAUUCGGCGGAAAUUAUAAAACAAAAAUUAUUGUUUAUAGUAAAGAUUUUGUCAGGGAUGAAUAGUAAAAAUUUAGAUUACAAUUAGAACCUCUUAAAUAUUAUAAGAUUACUUGAAGGCCUAAUAUUUUUGAAACUUGAGGGGUUCUAGUGUAUUUAUUAUUAUUAUUUAAGUUUUUCGAUUUACAAUUUUGUUUUUAAAUUGUAUUGUUUUAAAUACAAUUAUUGUAUUAUAUUAUAUAGAAAUAAUUAUUAUUAAGAUCCUGGCUGUAAAUUUUUUUUAAACUAAUUGUACAGUAAUUUCUAAGUAAAUAAAAGAUCUCAUUAUGUUUCUUACUCUAUUUUAAAG